CUCAUAUACAUCUAUCGCAUCAUUUUGUAGAAAAUUACAAAAGAAAUAGUUCUCCGAGUCUUUUGGAUCUUGAGACAUUCCUACUAGGAAUGUUUCUCUCUGUUCCUAGCUUUCAUCUUCAUCCACACACUGCACCGAAACCUCUCCUUACUCACUACCAUCUCCUUUACAAUUUUCACUUUAGUUCUCCCUUACAAUCUCUCUCUCUGCGCAACCCAACAUGGCUUUAGGAAAAGGUAGAAGCAGUAAGCGAUCGUCUGGAACUUCUUAUACAUCCACCGUAACGACAGUGGUCUUUGUAUCAUUGUGUGUUCUGGGUGUGUGGAUGCUUUCCUCCAACUCUCUAGCUCCGCCACAAAACACCACUCGAACUGCCACCGAUGCCGCGACCGCCGGCAAGACCAUCUUCUCUUCCUCCAUUACCGACUCUCGUAACCCUGAACGUACACGUAAAAACCCACGUCCAGUUUUUGAAGACAAUCCUGGUGAUCUCCCCAAUGACGCCAUUCAAUCCGAUGAGCACGAUGAUUCCACAGAAAAUCAGAAGUCUCAGGAUGAUUCUUCGGACUCCACUGAUACGGAAAGUACUGCAAGUGGGACACAGAAUGAAUCGCGGCAAAGUAGCCAUAAUGAUGAAGAAGUGGAGAGAGAAAAUACUGGAUCAGAGACUAGCAACGAUGACAAACAAGAAUCAGAACAAGAACAAGAACAUGGUGCUGACAACGAUGAUCUGAAAGAGAGAGGUUCUGUGGUUGAUGAGAACCCACACGGAUUACAAGGGAAAGAAUCUGAAGAAGAGAAAGAGAAGCAAAAAGCACUUGAGACUCAAACUUCUGAGGAAAGUUCUGUGACUCAAAACCAACAAAUUGAAGAAACAGAAACAGGAACAGAGAAUCAAAGUAUGGCAACGCAUAAAGAUUCGAGAAAUGAAUCAAGAGAUAAUAAAGAAAGCAAUGGAAAGAAAGAGGACUUGGAAGAUAAGGUUCAAGAUGAGAAUCAAACAAGUAGAGAUAGUAAAAACCAUGAGAGUUCUGAGGACACCCAGCAUCAUAUAUCAGAAGAAGAUCAACAGCAACGAUUAGUGCAGCAUCAAGAGCAAGAAGAAGCGCUAAUACAACAACACGAAGGACAACAAGAAGAACAGUCAAAGCAGCAAGAGAGUCAUGGGGCAACAAGUGAUGAUCAAAUAAAACACGAUGAGGAGCCACCCCUGUCCUCAACUGAAAAUCAAACCUCUCAAGAAACAGAGGAGACGAAACACCAUGUCAAAAAUCAUGAAACCCAACACAAAUCUCUGCAGAAUGAUAGUAAAAAUGAGAGUAAUUCGAACCAAGAAACGAAACAAACAGAGAAGAUUUCUGGGUCACAAUCUGGAGAUUCUUUUCCAGGAAAUAGAGAAAUUUGUAGCUAUGCAAUGUGUUAUGCUGUGCCUGAAAUUGCAUGGGGAAAGCAUACUCGGGUUGUAUUGGAUGUUGGGUGUGGGGUUGCCAGCUUUGGGGGUUUCCUCUUUGACAGAGGCGUCCUUGCAAUGUCUUUUGCUCCAAAGGAUGAACACGAGGCUCAAGUUCAAUUUGCUCUAGAAAGAGGCAUACCUGCAAUAUCUGCAGUUAUGGGCUCUCAGAGAUUGCCAUUUCCAAGCAGGGUCUUUGAUCUUGUGCAUUGUGCUCGUUGCAGAGUUCCUUGGCAUGUCGAAGGUGGUGCUCUGCUUUUGGAGUUAAACCGAAUGCUCCGGCCAGGGGGUUAUUUUGUCUGGUCAGCAACUCCUGUUUACCAGAAGCUUGAAGAAGAUGUGGAGAUAUGGAAGGAAAUGUCUGCAUUAACAGUGUCCAUGUGUUGGGAGCUUGUUACCAUCAAGAAGGAUAAACUGAACUCUGUUGGUGCUGCAAUCUACCACAAACCAGAUUCAAAUGAAUGCUAUGAACAAAGAAAGCACAAAAGUCCUCCAAUGUGUAGAACUGAUGAUGAUCCAAAUGCUGCCUGGUAUGUACCUUUGCAGUCAUGCAUGCACAGAGUGCCAACCGAUGAAACUGAGAGAGGGUCCCAAUGGCCAGAGGAGUGGCCGCAUCGACUGCAAACGCCUCCAUACUGGUUAAACAGAACCCAAAUGGGAAUUUAUGGUAAACCAGCCCCAGAUGAUUUUCUAGCAGAUUAUGAACAUUGGAAACAGGUGGUGAGCAAGUCAUAUAUCAGUGGAUUGGGCAUCAGUUGGUCCAACGUCAGAAAUGUUAUGGAUAUGAGAGCUGUCUAUGGGGGGUUUGCUGCGGCAAUGCAGGAUCUCAAAGUGUGGGUCUUGAACGUGGUGAACAUCGAUUCUCCAGAUACACUUCCAAUCAUCUACGAGAGGGGACUUUUUGGGAUAUAUCAUGAUUGGUGUGAAUCCUUCAGCACGUACCCAAGAACAUAUGACCUCCUGCAUGCGGAUCAUCUUUUCUCAAGGCUGAAAAAGAGGUGCAAAAUUGUUCCGGUGAUGGCAGAGGUUGAUCGGAUAGUAAGGCCUGGAGGUAAGUUGAUUGUGCGAGAUGAGUCCAGCACAAUUGGGGAAGUUGAGAACAUCUUGAAGUCUCUGCAUUGGGAGGUUCAUUUAGCCUUCUCCAAAAACCAAGAAGGGAUACUCAGUGCACAGAAGUCUGAGUGGCGGCCCGACUCCUAUGCUGCUCCUUCCUGA